GCACUCGCAAAUGCAAAACGAGAAAUAUCAACCAUUUAUUUCAGCCUCUUCAACAGUUUAAAAGUUUAUAAAAUUGUUUCAACUUUUUAUAAGUUUCAGUAUGUAUAUGUCCAAGGUUUCAUCGUAGUUUGCGUAACCGAGAAGAAUCUCUAAAAUGUGACGUUAUUUUUCGAAAUACGCGACGACUAUUUUGGAAGGCUUUGUUGCUUUCGACGUGCAAGACCCUGCAAGUGUUUGUAAGUCCCAGUUUCAAUACAUCUGGUCAAUCUUCGUCUUCGUUUCCAAACGUGCCUCUUUGAAUUGGAAAUGGGGGAAACAAAUGGCUCCGCCAAUUCAAAUACAAAGAAUGGUAAUUUUAUCUGCGGAGUGGUGGAGGGAUUUUAUGGUCGUCCAUGGACCACAGAACAACGAAAGGAUCUCUUCCGAAAAUUAAAGAAAUGGGGCAUGGACUCGUACCUUUAUGCUCCAAAAGACGAUUACAAACAUCGUGCUUACUGGCGAGAUUUGUAUACGGUCGAAGAAGCCGAGCAUUUAACAGGACUGAUCACUGCCGCCCGAGAGAGUGGAAUCACGUUUUACUAUGCCUUAUCUCCAGGUCUUGACAUUACUUACUCCAGUGCGAAGGAAGUAACCGCUUUAAAGAGGAAAUUAGAACAAGUUAGUCAAUUCGGUUGCAUCGCUUUUGCUCUACUCUUUGAUGACAUUGAACCGGAGAUGAGUGAAGCGGACAAGGAGAUGUUUCAGUCAUUCGCACAUGCUCAAGUUUCUGUAACGAACGAUAUUUUCCAACACCUCGGGCAACCACGUUUUCUCUUAUGUCCAACGCAAUAUUGUGCGACUCGUGCUGUGCCAAAUGUUUCCACCUCAGAAUACCUGAAUACACUUGGCAGUAAACUAGCACAAGAAAUCGAUAUAAUGUGGACAGGUCCAAAAGUUAUAUCGCGGCUGUUGACCGUUGAAUCUAUUGAAGAGAUCACUGAAGUUCUGCGGAGGCCACCAGUGAUCUGGGAUAAUAUACACGCCAAUGAUUAUGAUCAGAAGCGUGUAUUUCUCGGCCCAUACUCUGGACGAUCUCCCGACCUCAUUCCAAAACUCAGAGGUGUACUGACGAAUCCUAAUUGUGAGUACGGAGCCAACUUUGUAGCAAUCCAUACCCUGGCACAGUGGAGCAGGUGUAACGUCGAUGGGAAGAGAGACUUGAGUUUAAAUGACACAGUUUCUGCUGAUAUAAAAUUGGAAACGGAAACGGAGGACGGGGUUAUAGGUGAAGAUGUGCCUUCGACACUAUCGGCAAAUAUGUAUCACCCACGGCAUGCAUUAAAAAAUGCAAUCAAUGAGUGGUUGCCAGAGUUUAGUAAAAAGCGUACUGCAUGGGGAGUUAUAGCGAAGCCACAACCCUGUGUUGCGCCCACGAUACCAAUUCCCAUCAUUCCUUCCGUUAAUACUUGUAUGAGCCUCACAACGACAACCAAUACUACCGUAGCCGCGGUUCCAAUUGUGGCCAGCAAUUCGAAUCAUCUGCAAGCACUAGCAGAGGUUUGUUCCAGUGUCACUAGCAAUGAAAUCUUUGUACCACCUCCAGGUCCUAUCAUGAAUUCUUUGAUAUCCGAAACAAAAGUUGUAAGCGAACUCGUGCUACCUCCUUCAGGGGUAAUUGUUGGAGUGGAUAUGGCAUCUAAAAUAUUAUCUUCAACCGAACCAAUGGACUGCAAUACGACUCCUAGUAAUUCGCCGGCUCAUGUCGCUAAAAUACCCCCGGAAGACGAUGUUAUGGUAGAAAACAUUUCGACCUUCAGCGGAACUUCGGGGAGUAUGCAAGUUGAAGUAGACACAACUUCCUCGACUAUUAAUGGUAAUCAGAUGGUGGUUGAAAAUGACAAUGAGAACCACGAAAGCAGUGAGAAUAACGAAAAUAAUGACAUUGCAAGUAAAACUGCAGAAAAUCACAAUCAUAAAGAAGUCAAUAAGCUUACACAGGAAGAUCUCUCUCUUUUGUGCGAUCUCUUUUACCUGCCUUUUGAACACGGCGGACAAGGAAUUCAAUUGCUACAAGAAUUCAACUGGCUGAAGAGCAACGCGCACAUUGUUAUACAUAAGUCGAAGGAUGAAGAACCUAGCUCAAAACCUGAUGUUGAUGAAUGGCAUUCUCGAGCUUCGAAAAUGAACGAAAUGUCUACCGCAGUGAACAGACUCUUCCAGCGACUAACUUAUUGCAACAACCGCGAAUUAUUAUACGACUUGUAUUCGUAUGUAUGGGAUAUGCGAGGAGUCGUUUCGUUAUUAAACACUUACAUCAAGUGGCUUGCGUUUGGCAGAUUUCCAUCCACGAUGACAACCUUUACGCAAGGCAGCUACACAUGGUUUUCGAACGGGUGGAAGGAAACUUUUAUGAGCGGAGAUCAAGAGCCUUGGGUAUUUCGAGGUGGCCUCACAGCUGAUCUUCAGAGACUGAUACCCGUCGACAGUGGAAACGAUUUGUUUGUAUAUAAAGCACCGGAAAUUCCUACAAGCAAGAUAUACACUAUUCGGCCUUAUUUGCCGGCCGAUGAAGAUGCAGUUUACGCCGUUUGCAAUAGAAUGGCUGGUUGCACAUUAUCUUCUGCAGUUGCUGAUAGACUUGUGGGAGACUACUUGACUUUGAGUCCAGAGUUUUGCAUGAUUGUAGAAGAGGAAGAGGAAUGUAUUGUCGGAUACGCCUUAGCAGUAUUGAAUAUCAAGAAUCAUAAUCAAAAGAUGGCAAUUUCUUGGAUUCCGGAACUGAGAUCCAAGUAUCCAUUAAGCGAAUCCGUCAAUGACUUACCGCAAAAUAUUCAGGAGGCAAUUCAAUAUUUCCACUCUUACAAUCCCGACGUGCCAGAGCAAUUGAGCAGACAGCAUCCAUCCCGUAUUAUGUGUUCAGUAUUACCAACUGUAACGGAUCAGUCUGUUCCGAAAAGGCUUAUUACUUGCAUCCUCGCGGCUUUGAGGGCCAAUGGUUCUUUCGGCGUUCACACGACGAUACCAGCUAAGGAUAAGGAAACUCAUGAAUUCUAUGCCAAACUUGGGUUUGUAGAUUACGCGCCGAGUUUGGAUGAUAAUUCAACGCUCCUGAUGUGCAGGAGUUUCUAACAGAAACGGAGUAUUGGUGUAAUAAUUGCCAACAAAGUGCUUCUGCUAGGAUGAAUGUCAAAGAAACAAGAGAACCUUUUGGGACAAUUGGCUGCAAAAUCGCACUAUUGUUAACACACCGGCAGUGAGACUAAUCGUAAGAAAAAAAUAUUCGGAGGACUUUCUCAUAAAGAUGUAUGUAUCAUUACACAAUUUGGAGGAAUCAGAAGUCUCGUCUUGAUAUAGGAGUAUCAAGGCUUGUCAAAUCAUGUGGAACCUUGCAUACUCUACAUUCAUACGAUACACCAAUCUACGCGUUAAUAUAAAUUUUAACGCAAAGCGAGUUGUAAAUAUAUUAUACUUAAGUGGAUAAACAAAUUUACAUUUCAGCAUAUCGAAAGUAAGAUUAAAAUAGCUCAACGAACGAAUGAAAGAAUUAAAAAUUAUGCUAUAUGUGACCGUCCACGAAAAAGGAACCCAACUCCUGGAAAGUGCAUUUUACAGGAGGACCGAUUGAAGAGGUGAUCCAACACAGGAACACUAUUAAAGGACAUUUUUGUAAAACACUAAAAACAGAUUUUUUGCGAGUUGGGUUCCUUUCUUUAUGGACAGUCACACAUGUAUAAAGUACUUUUUGUCAGUGUCAGUAGCAUUUUCACAGCAGUUUCAAUCUUGGUCCAUUUUGAUAAAAAACUAUAUCCAACCUUAAAUGCAAUUAAAUCUAUGCUGGUUGGAAACUCAAUGUAAUUAAGGUGUUCAUUUCAUUCAUUGUAAUGCUGCGUGAAUUUAAGCAAGCAAACAUUUUAAUGGAACUGGUAGAGAUCAGAUACAAGUCUUAAUCAUUAUUUUAAUUAUCCUAAUAGAAUAGAAUA